AUCUAUUCCAACUGCCUAUAGCUGUAAAUGCAGGAAGGCGACAUUGCUUUAGUAGUGUAAUGUAGUACCUCACUUGUUUCGUUACUAGUAGUGAUGAAGAAGCAGCAGCAGCAAAGUCGGUUUCAUUAUUUCCGUGAUUUCUUCUUUUCUAUAUAAAUCCCUCUCUCACUUCACUUGUUUUCUCAUUGCUCAUCCUCUCAAACACAAAAAAAGAGGGAGUAGAAAAAAAUUCUUGAGAUUUUCUCGUUUCUUUCUUUCUUUACAAAAGCGUAUUUCUUUAGGGUUUUUACUUCUUCAAUUUCGUUUUUCUUCAUCUUCUUCUUCUUCUUCUUCUUCUUCUUCAUCAUCAUCAUCACUUCAUCUUUCUCAAUUGAACAAGAACAAGAAGAUUAAUCAAUCAUGAAUAUCAUCCGUUUCUGCUUUGGAAUCUGUGGGAAUGUAACUGCUCUGUUUCUCUUCUUGUCUCCAUUAAUGACAUUUCGUAGAAUCAUAAAAAGCAAAUCGACUCAACAAUUCUCUGGCGUUCCUUACAUCAUGACCUUGCUCAAUUGCCUUCUCUCUGGAUGGUAUGGGCUUCCAUUUGUUUCCCCGCAUAAUAUCUUGGUGGCUACCAUUAAUGGUAUUGGUGCAGUUAUAGAAGGAAUAUAUGUGGUGAUUUUCAUGAUAUACGCACCAAAGAAGGACAAAUUGAAGUUGAUGGUGUUACUCGCUCUGGCCCUCAUCACAUUCGCAUCCGUCUCCAUGGUUUCUUUACUCGUAAUCCAUGAACAUGAGACCAGGUUGUUUUUCUGUGGUCUUGCUGCUACCAUCUUCUCUAUCAACAUGUAUGCCUCGCCGUUGUCUGUCAUGGUAACUAAUCCGCACAAGCCCUUUCGUUUUAUUUUCGUCGAUACUCAAAUAAUGUUCAUCAACUUUAUGCUAUCAAUAAUUCAAUUGCAGAAACUGGUAAUUCGAACCAAGAGUGUAGAGUACAUGCCCUUCUUAUUAUCACUGUUCGUGUUUCUUUGCGGCACAUUCUGGUUCGUCUAUGGCCUUCUCGGUGGAGAUCCUUUCAUUACUGUUCCAAAUGGCUUUGGAUGUGUUUUAGGGGCAUUGCAGUUGAUAUUGUAUGCCGUCUACAGAAAUCCAAAAGGCAAAGCUGUUGUUGCUGAUGAUGGAGCCAGUGUGAUGCCUCCUCCUCCUACCACUACUACUACUACUGCUUGUAGUAGUCCUGAAGAAGAUGAUGAUUUUAUUGAGCUGGGUUUCGAGAAACCUCUUCAAAAGACUGCUGCUACAUGUGUCGACGAUACUCGAAUCGAUGUUUUGUAGGUUCUGUGUCUUGAUUAUUCAUUUUGAUUGUGAAGAAUGAAGAGUGGUGUGACACCGUGGGUCUUCACUGAUUUAGGGGCUUCAGUACAGUACAUAAGCAGAAGUAGCUAGCAAGCAUAUACUCGUUGUGGUUUAGUUAGUGAUGUUGUCGUUCAUGUAAUGUCCUUGUGUAGGAAUAUUAUACAGUCAUGUAAGGAAUUACAAAGCACAUUUGGGCAACAGUUAUACAAAUUCAUAGAUCUCAUUUUGCCAGUUUUGUACUUUGGUUUGAUGAUUUUAUCA